GUGUGCGACCUAUUGACACUGCAGCUAAAGUAGGACACAUCGGCAUGUUACGGCUACUUCUGGGCUGUGACUGUCAGCGGUCACUUGCUAUCAUGGACGUACCCAGGGUGGUCCAGUCCCGUCAGUCUCUGCCUAUAUUUGAUCGCUGGCUGCAACAAGAGCUCUAUAACCCCAGGGAGUUGAAGAGACUCUGUAGACAGACAAUCCGCCAAUGCUUGGGCCAAAGGAACGCAUCCCACAUGGAGGUGCUGCCUCUCCCGCGACUUUUGAAAGACUUCCUGCUGGCCAAACAUCUAGACCUGACCUUUGACAGUGUUCCUGUGGAAUCCAUGAACACACUGCCUGUCUCACUGGACAAUAUAGGUAAUUUAAGUCCUCGAUGA